AACGAGACUUGCAAUUCUAACGGCACAUAAGUACCGUGAAUUCUAACGGGACUUGCAAUUUGGUCCCUCAAUGACCAAAAUACACCUCAGUUUAUGUUUCCCAUGAAACGCCUUUUUUCCAGAAAAAAAGAAAAAAGAAAAAGAAAAGAAAAGAAAGAGGGGCGUUUUGGUCAUUGACGAACCAAAUUGUGAUACCUCUUAGGGUUUGAUCAAUUUUAAAGAUUUGAGGGGUUAAUAUCAAAAUAACCCAAGAAAAUGCUAUUGGAUAUCUGUUUUUUAAAUCUUACAAGUUGCAACAAUCUCUCAUUCUCUUUACUCUGAUAGGUACAUGAAGAAGCUCUGCAUCACACAACUGUUAGGGGGUCGAACACUUGAACAUCUCCUCCCCGUGAGGCGCUGCGAGAUUACAAGUCUUGUGAAAACGUUGUUCGAGAGAUCGGACAAGGGCGAGGAGGUCAAUUUGAAUGCAGAGCUUCUAAAACUGACGAUCAAUGUGAUGAGCGGGAUGGCAAUGAACCGCACGAGCUCAGGAGAUGUUUUUAAAGCAGAAACAAAAAAGUUCGUAGAGGAAGCAAUUGAGCUGAUAGGGGUAUUUAACGUGGCAGAUUAUAUAGGAUUCUGCCAAAACUUCGACUUUCAAGGUUUCGAUAAGAGGCUGGAGGAUUUGCUACUGAGGUUUGAUAAGAUGAUGGAGGGGAAAUUGAAGGAAAAGGAGGAGGAGAGGAUAAAAGAAGCAGAUACUGCUGAGGAAAGAUCGAAAGAUUUGCUUGAUUUAAUGCUUGACAUUGCUAAUGACGAUAAUGCUGAGAUGAAGCUGACAAGAGAAAACAUCAAGGCCUUCUUUCACGACAUUUUCGUUGCUGGCACCGAUACCUCAGCGCUCACAGUAGAGUGGGCAUUGGCAGAACUCAUCAACCAUCCAAUCAUACUCCAGAAGGCUAGAGAAGAGAUACACACGGUCAUUGGCACGAACAGACUAGUCGAAGAAUCCGACAUCCCAAACCUUCCAUACCUCCAAGCCGUUGUAAAGGAAACACUACGGCUUCAUCCACCAAUCCCAAUUGUGGUCCGUGAAUCAACUGAAGACAGUAAGAUUAAUGGGUAUGAUAUUCCCGCACAAACGAGGUUAUUUGUCAAUAUAUGGGCCAUCGGAAGGGAUCCAAAUCACUGGCCACAGCCGCUCGAGUUCAAACCAGAAAGGUUUACCGAAAAUGAAAAGGGGGUGGAUGUCAGAGGCCAACACUUCCACGUGCUGCCAUUUGGCAGCGGUCGAAGAGGGUGUCCAGGCGCGUCGUUGGCGCUGCAGGUUGUGCAACCAAUGCUCGCUGCCAUGAUACAAUGCUUUGAUUGGAAGGUCGACAACGGUCAUGAGAUGGUGGACAUGACAGAGGGGACAGGGUUGACGCUACUUCGAGCACGACCACUGGUUUGCAAGCCUGUUGCUCUUGUCCGUCAGAUGACAAUUGGUUGACCACAGCGGGGUUGGCUAACUACCAUGCUUUCAUUUGGAUUGCGACUCGUUCGAGGUUAUAUGAUGAUAAUAAGUGAUUUCUUUGGCUCUUUUACUCUAUUUGUCCAUAAGAUCAUUUUCUCUAGUGUAUCUGCAAAAAUAAAUGUUAAAUAACUGCACGAGGCUGAGAAGGAUCAAGAUUCUCUCCACUGUAGUCAGAGACUUGAGACUUAAGAAGCCAAUAAAAUUUCAAGCUUUUAUUUA